GUCUGGUGGAUAGCUGUUUCAUAAGGCAACUGGAGGGAGUGGCCAGAGAAAACUUGUGUUGAUCCCACCGGAGUCUGAAGGCUACACUGCAAAACUGCUUAAGACUGUGUCCAAUAAUGGAAGACACACGAUUUUCAUCGUUCCACUUCAAAAUGAAAUAGACACUACACCACUACCUUCUGAUGCCCCUGAAUUCAGAAAAAUGCCCAAAUCUCAGUGCAAGACCUGUGGAGAAAUUUUACCGUUACAAGUUUUGGCUCUGCAUGUAGACUCUUGUGGCAAGUCUACAACAGAAGAAGAAAAUGAUGAGAAUGCUGAUGAAAAACAAGAUCAGGAUGUUUCAUUUGUAUCCUGCAGCCAGAACACUUCAACAGUCGCUGCAGAGACUGUGUGUCCCAUUUGCCAAGUAGUGUACCCUGCUGACAUCAUUGAGAUGCAUGCCAGUGCCUGCAGUGAGAGGCAAUCAACUCAGGAGGAGCACUCAUUUGACAGCAGUGGAGUGGAUUUAGAAGCAAUGGAAGGACCAUCUGGCACAUCUUUUCAGAUUGCACCUUUGCAGAAUCUGCCAACAUGUUCUUCAGGACCUUCUGAUUCUACCAACAAAACUGAGUACUGGAAGACCAUACCAGACUUGGCAAUGGCUGCUCAGCUGUACAGGGAGACUGUACUUGACAUUCAUGCAUCAGGGAAGCCACUGCAUUUGCACAUUGACCUCAGAGGCAGCAAGUCGGACCAGGAAAUGGCUUUAAUUGCUUUUUAUAAAGCACGCCGUGUGGAGUGGGCAAAUCCUGUGCAAUGCAGACUUGAAGGUGAUCCUGCAAUCGGAGAGGGAGUGAACCGCUUCUUGUUCUCCAGAAUCAUGGAGAAGCUAAAAAAUGGUUUUAAGUUGAACUUUGGAAAUUCUGGUGAGACAAAGCUGUUUGAUGGAGAGCCAGACCAUCUUGUACCUUCAUCCUCUGCAUUCCUUGUUGAGAGUGACCUAUUUCUGAUGGCAGGCCGCAUGAUUGGUCAUUGCUUUUUGCAUGGAGGUCCUGCACUGACAGGCCUAAGCCCUGCGAUUGUUCACAUCCUGUGUGGGGGCACAGUUGAAACUGCCAUCAUACAAAUCAAUGACUGUCCAGACAUUGAUCUGCGGGAGAAAAUUACACUGCUUGAAGGGAGUGCUAAACUCUCAGCUGAUGAAAAGGAGAGCCUUGACAACUUGUGUCUUGCAUGGGACUUUCCUUUGAUGACAGAAAACAACCGAAGAUGGCUAUUUGAAAGGCUUCUAUGUCAUGCGGUUAUUGGACGUUUCAUGAGGCAAAUAAAGCAAAUAAGAAAAGGGCUUAAAGAAACCAUGUUGUGGCCACUCAUUAGUGAACGUCCAGAUGUAGCUCCAGUGAUUUUCCCUCGGGAGUCGAGUGCUUUCUUGACCCCACAGUGCAUUCUGGAACGCAUCAUCUGGCCUACAAUGACUGAUGAUGAUGACGACGACGAGUGUUCUGUAACAGAUAAGAGCCGCAUUGCAGGGUACCUUCGCCGGUUCAUUCAAAAUGCAUCCAGUGAUGAACUGAAGGCACUCAUGAAGUUCUGGGUUGGAUGGGAGGCUCCUACAACUACUCUCACGUUAGAGGUGACUGACUGUAGUCUGCCAAAGUCUUCCACGUGCUUCGAGACCCUCCGUCUUCCUGUCCGCUACAAAGACUUCACUGUAUUUAAGGAAGAACUGAUUGCCUGCCUUCAAACAUGUGACACUGGAUUUGGAUUGGUGUAAUGGCAAUGCUAAAAUGUAGCUUCUUUCAAAGGGGCAGUUCUCAUUCAUGUUUUUGUUCAGUGUUGGAUAUCAAAUUAAGACUACGCCCCUUUACCUCCACAAACAGUGUGCAAAUGUAUUCAAAGAAUUCAAUGAAUGUCUUCAUCUGCCUUUAUCUUUGAGUCCUUCUAUGUUUUCCCAUCACUCUAAAAUCUGAUGCAGGUCUUUAGUCUUUUUAAUCAUCUUUCUGACACCUUCAAAACCUUUUAUUUCAACAUUUCCCCCAAUGUGACCAUGUUGCAUUGUCUCCUGGGUUGUUUGUUGUUGUCAGUUAAACUUAAGUUUCUGUAUUUUUGUUGUUG